AUGGGCAACAUGCCGUCGGCGCUGAAGCACUGCCUCAGCUACCAGCAUCUCCUCAAGGAGCAGCUGUGGAUCGGAGAAGCGGCGACGCAGCCUACGGCGCUGCAGCAUCCCGGGCAGGAAACAUCUGAACUGCUCACAAGUGGAUUUCCUGAAUUUGUUAAAAUAGUAGAAGUCGGGCCAAGAGAUGGAUUGCAGAAUGAAAAGGCUAUUGUCCCUACAGAUGUCAAAAUUGAAUUCAUCAACCGACUUUCCAAAACAGGCUUGCCUGUCAUAGAAGUGACGAGCUUUGUUUCUUCGAAAUGGGUACCUCAGAUGGCUGAUCACACAGAAGUCAUGAGAGGAAUAGAAUGCUAUCCUGGAGUCUGUUAUCCAGUCCUUACUCCUAAUCUUCAAGGCUUCCAUUCUGCUAUUGCUGCUGGCGCAACAGAAGUGUCCGUCUUUGGUGCAGCUUCUGAGUCUUUCAGCAAAAUGAAUAUUAACUGCAGCAUUAAUGAAAGCAUGGAAAGAUUUGAAGAUGUCGUGAAGUCUGCCAGGAAGAUGGACAUUCCAGUGCGAGGGUAUGUGUCUUGUGCAUUGGGAUGCCCUUAUGAAGGAAAUAUUGAGCCAGCGAAAGUUGCAGAAGUCUCCAAACGGCUAUACAGCAUGGGUUGCUAUGAGAUAUCCCUGGGAGACACCAUAGGUGUGGGGACUCCUGGCAGCAUGAAGCGCAUGCUGGAAUCUGUUAUGAUGGAGCUCCCCGUGGCGUCAAUUGCAGUGCAUUGCCAUGACACGUACGGCCAGGCUUUAGCCAAUAUUCUCACAGCGAUGCAGAUGGGAGUUCAUGUUGUGGAUUCUGCUGCUGCCGGCUUAGGAGGUUGCCCCUAUGCGAAAGGUGCAACAGGCAAUGUAGCCACAGAAGAUGUGCUGUAUAUGCUGAAUGGCUUAGGAAUCAAUACGGGUGUGAAUCUUUACAAAGUUAUGGAAGCCGGUCACUUCAUCUGCACUGCCUUGAACAAGCAAACAAAUUCUAAAGUUGCGCAAGCAUCUUUCAGUAGCUGAGCUGUAAAGUUAACUAUUUGUCCGUCAAUAUGUGCUACCUUGUUUAUAGCUGCAUAAGGUAAACCUAUAGCAUAUGACAAAUCAAACCAUUUCAGGGGUGUGUGUGCAGAAUAGUCAAUAUUGUAUGUCCAUGGCGGCAGAAAAUUUAAGAUCACAGUGUAAGUUCCUGGGCCUGGUCACCUGAUGAAACCCUCUCCAUAAUGUCUCUGGGCCCCUGGAGAUUUCCCGGCUACAAGCGCAAGGCCUCUGUGAAUUGGCCCCCAUCAUGCUCCUGAAGUGAUGUUAACACUCUGCCUAUGGGGCCACCUCCAGAAAGUGUUUGAGAGGUCAGUAAAGACACACACGUUGGCUUAUAGGAGUGAGGAGGAAUAUCCAACUGCCUGAGUAUUUAUCUGAGCACACCUUGAGGUGAGUUUCUUGCAGAGUGGAACAUAAGCCAAUGCCAGACAUGCUCAUCUUUAAGAAGCCACAGGUUUGCUUCCACAAUUGUGUAGGUGGGUGGUUUCUGGUGUCAUCCUGUUUUAAGACAUGCACCCCGACCAAGAAAGGUAGAAAGCUUUGACUAAAUAGCCUGUGUUUGAGAGUCUCAUGAGCUUCUUCUAAGACAUGAUAAAUGAGAGCUCUGAGCAUGUAAGGAUCAUAUUUCAUAUGGAAUAUCUCCCAUGCUUUAGUGCCAGCUCCAGGUUUGGGAGGACCCUUGGGUGGGAGGGGACACUUCUCAGUGAGCCUAUCUCUUCCACCAAUAUUGCCACCAACUGCUACUGCCCCCCCUCCUCGUCCUCUUCCUUGGUGCCAUUGGCUUGCUUGUCAGGCAGAGAGCCAAUGAGGAUGCAGGCAGUGGCAGCUGCUCCUCCCCUUUAUCAGCACAGCAAGUUUUUGCUUGCUUGCUCCCUCUGGGCUGAGGGAAAAGGUGGGUAAAUUAGCAGGUUCCAAUGGCCAAAAGGGGGAGCAGGUUGAAACAUCUCUUUUUGGUGAACCCUCUUCUGGGUUAUGGUUGUUCGGCAGGGGCCCAGGCUGUGCUGAACCUUGAUAGCAGCUGUGACCAUGCCCACAUUGCCCAGUAUGGCAAUUUUGAUUAUGUAUGUAUGUAUUGUGAUAGCGACACUUGAAAGCACAGCCUGUUGGGAACAGAAUGACCAGCAGUAGAACUGUGUGUGCACUACAUAUUUAUAAAGCUGACUGCCUGGCCUGCAGUCAUGUACUUUAAAACAAUUUGGACACUCUUUGCCUGCCUUGGACUGGCGAAAGCAAGGGGGUUUGUUGAGUUGAAAUUUAGCUUGGCAGGUCACAACUGUUAUUUCAAUCCACGUUGAACACAAACUGACUUCAGAGUUCUAAAGAUAGCAAGUAUAUUCUUACAUCUUAAUCAAGCCAAUUUUUUUUUAAGUGUUGUAUAAAUAUUUGCAGCCGUCAAUGAGGUCCAUCGUUGUGUGUGGUCUUGCUGUUGUACAUUUUAUUACUCCAGAUUACCUCUUUUCAUUUGCCAAGUCAAUUACGCUGAGAGCAGGGAGCCAAACCCGGAUUUGCUAUGAGUAGCAUUUUUGCAAUGUUUUAGUAUAGUUGACAUCUGUUAAGUAUAUGAAUGACUUUAUCUUGUUCCAAGAAUUUGUAGGGGGUGGCAGCCUGCCAUGUUUUGCAAAUUUAUGGCACCCUCUUAUAGUUGUUACAUACACUAAAUUCAUUGCAAUCUGUUUUUCUUUCUUGCUGUCCAAUUUCCAUCUUUUCAGUAAGAGAGUACAGGGCUGCUAUGUAAGCUUCUUGAAAGAAUGGAAGUUGCACGGUAGCUGUAUUCGUUGGAUCAUUCCAUUGCACAAUUCAGGCCAAACUAGAUGUUAUGUUAGUCACAGUGUUUGCAGUUGUGCAAUUUUUAUUUCAGCCAGAACUUGGAUUGGGAAUGUGGUGUAACUUUAACCCUUUUCACCCACUGCGCCCCUCCCCAUCAGCUGCUAUUUGCCACCCGUCUUGAGCAAACGGAAAUGUCCCCACAGUGCUUUUUGCUGGGGGUAAAGGAAUAAGUCUGGGCAAUUGUUUUCCCAUUUGCAUUUAUGCACAUUGUGGGUGAUAUCCAACUAGGUCAUACUCAUAGAGUAGACCCAUUAAAACCACAAUGGACUUCAGUCCACUGAUUUCAGUGGGUCUACUCUGCGACUAACAAUGGCUGCCAAUCUGUCAUUUUUACCUGGCAUAAAUCCACUGUUGGGUCAAAAAAGUGCCUCUUAACUAUCCUAACCAUUCAAGACUUCCCCUUUUGUGGACUUUUGUAAGAUGAAUAUUACAGUGAAGUGCAUUUGAGUGCAAUCAAAGGAACUGCACAAUCAUAUAUAAAUCAGUGGAAGCUACUUGAAAAAUAAUAGCAUCUGUCUAAAAAGUACUGAAUUUGGGGGGUUCAAAAAGAUUUAAACUAGACUGUACAGAUAUAAUGAACAAGGAAUUGUAAAGUCUAUUUACAUUCGAGCAUCACUCGAGUUAUUUCAGCAUUUAUGCACCCCAAGAGUACAAACAAAAGUUUUGAUUUAUUACAAAUACCAUUCUUUGACUACUAAGUCAUGUGAAAGGUUGUAGCAUAUCCCACUGAAUGCAUCUGUUAUUUCCUUGCACCAGUAUAUAGACUUUUAUCUUAGGAAUAAAAAAGAACACAAGGAGAAAGCUUGAUAAUAUUACUAAAUAGUACGAUCAUCACCUACCGGUAACCCACCUGCACUUAAAAGCGUUAGUAAAUAUCUGCUUGUCUUUCCAUUUAGUGUUGACAUUAUUGGGCUGUAAUAAGCCAUACUGAGAGGGUACAUUUACCUCUGAUUGCUUCCCCCCCAAAAAAAAAACUCCAGUUCUUCCAUCAGCUUUUAUGGGUAAUGACUCACAACGGAUGGAGCUCUUUUAUGUAACCAGGGAGAUUGAUUUCUUCUCUCCACUGUUUUGGCCAAUUCAAAAUAUGUUCAUCAAACCUGUUUUAGAAAAAGCUCUCGGCAGGCCUGGUUUCAGCACAUAGUGCCUUUGGGUAGCUGCCAGGAUCCAUUUCUGUGCUGGUGGUGCCUACCCUGACCCCUUGUACCAGGAGGGGAAGACUCUAUUUUAACUUCCUGCAGGGCACUGGCAUGAUGCAGCCAUUUUGGGAAAUUAAAAUGGCCACCAGCACCAAUUCAGAAUGCUGCCUACUACCAAUACAAACGGUGUUUCCGUGCACUGCUCUGGUUCGCCAGAAGCGGCUUAAUCAUGCUGGCCACAUAACCCGGAAGCUGUACGCCAGCUCCCUCGGCCAGUAAAGUGAGAUGAGCGCCACAACCCCAGAGUCG